UUUAUCUAAUCGCAUCUAAAGAUCGAGCGAUCAAACUUUUCAGACUACAAUACUGUACCGACUUUCCCAGCCUCGAAACUUUGUUUCUGGGCACAUCCCGCUCGGAGGAUUUCCGUUGUCACGCUGCGUCCACAUGCCCAUGUUGCCAGCCACCCAUAUCCGUAACCGCUGAUUCUGGCUCAAUGUCCAUUUAAAAGAUCCAAUGAUCCGCGAUAUCGGAUCAUCAUUCACAGGUAAGAAAUACUUGGCAAACUUCAAAGGGUACUUAUUUCCAGUUUAUUUCCAGCUUACAUGAGAAGAUUGCCCUUUAAUUUACCCAUUUUCGGUCGCUACAAGUUGUUCUGGUAAUAUUUGCCUACUACUAAGAUCCUGAAAGGCUCUUCAAACUCCGAAUAUACACACAAAGUCAGAAACAGGAGAGUCUCAAAAUGGUUCGACUUCAGCACCUAGCUAUCGCAAUUACUGCUUUCCAAAUUGUCUAUGCCAAUACUGUCGAUGACGAGUGGCAUUUGCAAAUUUUGAAGCGUCAAGAGCCUGGCACCAACUCAUACAAAUGCCACGACACCUGUGGUAAGUAAAACCUUCCUACCACUUGUAAGUUUGCUAACCACUUCAAGGCCAAGCAAUCAUCGGUAGUAGAAGUACUGGCUAUUGCACCAACCCCACCUUCAAGACCAACUAUGAGAACUGCCUCGCUUGUGCUGGUCCUGACAAUUUUAACAUCUGGAAUAUGUACGGGAAUACCUUGACCAGAGCGGCUACCACAUGCGGUGACCUGAGUACAACACCACUUUCUGGCAAACAACCAGACAUUCCUGAUGCCAUACCGGCCACUGGAGGAGUAACACCCUCUGCAUCUUCACCUCGCCCGUCAGGACGGCCGAAUUUGACAAAUGCGACUGCACCUGUGGAAGCAGGUUCCACGAACAGAUCGAACAGCUCGGCAACUGCAACGUCUACCUCUGCUGGUGUGACGUCCACGCGAGGUCCCCAGAGCACAAGCUCAGCAACUGUAAGUAAAAGAUGGAAAGGAUCUGUUUCUCAGCUAACUCAAAAUGCAGAAUUCUUCCGGAGGUGCUACCCCUACUGGCGCUGGUAGCAAUUUAUUGCCACAUUCAUUUGUAGUUUUGGCUAUGGCUGCAAUUAUGGCUGUUUGUGUUACCGUUUAGAAGUAAUCUUAAUAACAUCGGCGAUAAUAAAAUACUUUCUCAAAUAUAAAAU